GGGCCCCAGGGACGUCAGGACCGGCUCUGAACAGCUAAUAGUAAUGAGUAGUAACAGUUCCAGUAGUUGUUGAAGUAUCAGAAUCAGGAGCAGUUGUUGUACUUUUAGUGAUUCUAACAGCACUAUGUCUGCCAAAUGAAUACAAUAAGCAGUAGCACAAGCAGUAUAUGUAGAAGUAGCAGGUAUAUUUAUAGUAAUUAGUUAUUCGUAUCAUCUUCAGCCAGGACUGUAAUCCCACUUGCAUUCCUCUCGUGCGUACGGCUGUAUUUUAACGUUACUGUCCUCCCUCUCCUCUCUCCGUCCCUGCAGCUGAGCUCGAGAAGCAGAAAGGUGUGAUGCGUCCCGGUGUGUUGACGGGGGGAGGACCGGGAUGCGGGGGGACAUCGGGAGGCGGGGCCGGCGAUGGCACCUCGAAGGGCGAGGUGGUGAACGGCACGCUGGGUAGGCCGAGCCUCGACGACACGUACGCCUCGGUGGAUGGCCUCAAACGCACGGCGCUCAGCUCCUCGCUGAGAGACCUCUCAGAAACAGGGAAGCGAGGUCGUAGGAACAGUGUGGGGUCAUUGGACAGUACCAUUGAAGGUUCCAUUAUUAGCAGCCCCCGGCCUCACCAGCAGCGCCCCCUGCCUGCUGGAGGUCUAUCCUACAGCCCCAUGAUGGUCCCUUCGUCUCCAGCAGCCUACCGGCCGCACCGCCCUACUCAGAGCCCCGGUACAGGGGUGGGGGGUGGGCCGGGGCUCUGUCACAACCAGGGGGGGGUCACCACCUCCCCACUCGUGAGCGGGGGAGGGGCUGGGGGCGGAGGAGGGAUGGCGGGUGGGGGAGGCCAGACUGGCGGCGGCCUGCUGGGGAACUUCUUCGGCAGCCGCAGAGGCAAGGUUCCUGGUCCCCUGACGAUGACGUCACCGACUCCACAGGGUCCACCGAGUCCCCUGAUGAUAUCAUCACCCCCCCACUACCCCGCCCCCGCGCCUCCCAUCCCCCACCCAUCCUCCCCUUCCCCAUGCCCCUCCCCAUCGCCCAACCUCGGGCAGUCGGACUCGGGAGGAAUUGGAGGGGGAGGAGGUACGGGAGGGGGGCCGUCCAAGCUCCAAGCUUUGCACGCCCAGUAUUGCCACGGCAACAGUGGAGGAGGAGGAGUCAAUGUAACUGGGCACCAGCAGCAGCAGACGCCGCCCCCACCUUACCACCACCACCAUCGCUACCACAUGCAGAGCGUCCCGCAGCACCACGCCCUAGCGCACAGGUUCUCAGCCCCCCGGCGGCAGGGUCCGCCCGGCUGCGCUCCCUCUCAUACCCAGCAGCAUCAGAGGAUGCAACAUGGCGCCGCCCAGCACCCGCGCUACAACCUGGGCUUCAUCACGCCCCCACCACUGUCCCCGCACUCCCCCGUCACCCCUACUACCCCGCACGGACUUUACCACUCGCACCCUGCGGCGGGACGGCCGGGUGGAGGCGGAAAGCUCCCACUGACCAUCUCGCACUCUCAGCCCCACCCCCACGCGCACACACACUCUCACAACCACGCCGUGCACACACACUCCCCGCUCAGCCCCUCCCCCUCCGCCUCCCCCUCCACCCACUUCAUCUUCUCCACCCCACCGCCCCAAACGCCCUCAGCACGCCUCGUCACCCAGACGCCUCCGCAGCCCUACGCCCCCCAGUACCCACCCCUUACCUCCAUCCCACCUCCCCCUCCGCACUCCCCCUUACCUCCCCCGUCGACCGGCCCUCUCUCCCUGCACCCAGGGACGGGGGGCGGGCAAGGGGGAGGCCCCAAAUCGAAACCCGUCAGCCGGAUCAGCACGGUCGUGUGAGAAGGCAGAAGCCGAGGGCGGUGGUCCGCCAUCCCGCAGCGAGCCAUCGUGGGGCGGUAGUGACAGGGAGCAGGAGAGGGAGCAGGAGAGGGAGGAGGAGAGGAGGGCAAAUGCAGGUGCAUCAAAAUGGCCGCUUAGUGAGGAGGAGAGCAGUGAGAGAGGGGAAGAGGAAAUUACUCAGCCUGUGUUAUUUUCACAUCCACUUCCCCCACAAGUAGAAAGACUCUCACACACACUGAAGGACGUUUGUUGGGAAACCCUGUAGUGGCAAAUGUUCCUGGAAAACCUGCCCAUGGAGCUACCAGCACCAAGAACAUAAAUCACACAAAGAAAGCUGAAGAAAAAAACUCCCGCAUACUCCUCCCGUAUUGGUGAAAAUCUCCUGAUCCCCCCUUCGUAGUGCCCUUCAGUGCUGGCCUGGGACUCGAGAGGACAUGCAUGUAGUUCUUCAUUGACAGAUGAAGUGUUCGUGUCAUAUUGUGAGUACGAAUUUGUGAGUUGCUGUAGUGGACAUAUGGUUCAGGGACCAGACGUGAAAGGGAACAGUGCCAGAGAAUUGAACAAAAGGGUUGUAAUCGAUGCCAACACUAUGUACGGUGUUGGUUGGUGGGACAGCUCAGGUUGUUAGGAAGCCUGAGAACGCGACGAGUCCUUUUACUGUAUUCCAAAAAUCACACUAGUCUUGUACCAAUUUGUUUUCCGCACAAAAAGCACUUGUACCAUUAAUUUUGGUUGUUGGCGUAUUACAAGCCAUGAGCAAUGAGCCAUGUUACAUGAGAAGCAGAAGUGGUUAGCAUUAAUAUGGUGCAGUUUGUGUCUUAGACAGGCAUGCAUGACCUGUGCAAUAGCUAAUGAGUGUCAGUGUGUCUAUGGUUAAAAUCCUAUAUGCAGGGGGAGGGAUCUGUUGUAAGUUAAAGCCCCAAUCCAGCAUUUAUUUGACCAUAAAAAGUGCAUUAGUGAAGGUUACUGAAAACUUUACUUUCUACAUGGACAAUAAACUUUUUUAAAACUCUAAACAAGCCAUCAUGAUAACAAAAACUACAGGUGUCUUUUUACCUUUUGUGCUUUGCAAAAACUGCUAAAAGCCUUUAGUGUUUGUGGAUUGCAGGGUUUCAACAGGGGGCACUACAAUGUUGUUUUGGAUUGGGACUUAUUUAACUGACAAUUUAUUCUUGUAAAGGAGGAUUUAUUUGAUCAUUUGUACCACACCAGUGAAUGCUCCCCUACAAGUGUCCCAGUAUAUUUGAAAAUAUAAGCCUGAAUUUGUCAGAAAUUAUAAUAUAUGUCAACUGUGUUUCAUGCUCCACAUUGUAUGUGACCCUCUAUGUUGCCGGAGAAGGAGAUUAUGCUGAAAGGUGCCAAACAGGGUAUAGUCUGGGAGUCUUUUGUUUCACUGGCUUGUCUUCCUUUGAUGAAGCGGGAGACUACCGUACCUAAACAAAGUCACGAAAGAGAUGUUUAAGGUUACAUUAAACAACAUCUUCUUAUAAUGUAACUCUCAAUAUAUUUCUCAAAAGGUUAAUACUGGAAAUGUUGACUGAACUGGGUGGGAAAUUAAAACGCAAAAGGUUAUAUGCAGUUUAGAAAAUCAAAGUUGUGCAGCGUCCAAACAAAAAUUCCAUCACCGCUUUGUGAGGGUGGUUGGCUGAAGGAUUUCUGUCAUGACACCGUCUUUCCCUGAAACCCUCCAUUCACAAAACAAAAAAGUUCACAAACACCCCUUCAUUAGUUAAAUAUAUAAAAGGAGCAACAGGGGAGGGAUCCCUUUUCCAGAAAGGACAGACAUGCAAUAGUUUGUGUACAUAGACAUUAGCAUUGGUGUCAGCUAAUGCACAUAAUUUCUAAGCAUGUGCUACGGGGCAAUGUCACAUCUACUAAACCAAAAUGUACAGAAAACAAAAACAAAACUCAAAAAACAUUUUUUGUCAAUGCCAAGUGCUUGAUAGUAAUUUUUCAUGUCAUUUAUUUCAAAAGUCCCAGCUCAACAAUCAAUUAUGUUUUAAUUUAAGUGAUAAAUUGUGUUUUUGUGGUGGAAUAAAUUUUUUCAAGACUGUUAUCCCAAGAUAAGUGUUUAAAGGUCCCAUAUUAUGCUCAUGUUCAGGUUUGUACUUUUAUUUUGGUGUUGACAAGAAAUCUUUAUUGUUUAGAAAAACACAUUAUUUACUCUCAUAAUGUCGAUUGAUUCAGCACCUCUCUUUCCCCCCUCUGUCUGAACACUUUGUCUCUUUAAAAGUCCUAAAAGCCCACUUUCUUGUGACUGACCAACGAAGUGUGGCGAUAGGUCUGGCUAUGUGAGACCAAUGCUUGUGGAUCGCUCCGCCUCACCCUGCUCGGUGGCUACGACAGCUACAAUAAUUUCACUUGGAAAAAAACGGUAUGGGGAAACUUAAUUUGAUGAAUUGACAAACCACAAAUGAGACAAGAAUUAGGUUGGAAAAACGCCGCUGAAGCGGAGCGUUUGUGGCGGUUGGGCCUCACACUACAAAAAAAACACUUUAUUCACUGAUUUUGGUGAAAGUGGUUCAUAUUUUAUGGAUAAAAAAUCUUCUGGUUUUCCAUCUGAUGUCCUCCUGCUGCUCAGCCUCAACUUUCAGUGAUUUAUGGAGUUUCCUGAUGGACAGAUCGCUUUACUUGUUGUUAGCAGUUACUUUAACCACUAACUGCUGCUAACUUUAGCGUCAACUAGCUAGUUAGCUCAGUUAGCCCUGCAUCUAGCCGUCCUAUUAGCUGACUCUUCCCGGACUGGAAGCUUGGUGUGUUGGCGUUUACACCAGGAGCUGUAGACCGCUGGGAGAGCCCAGUCCGGAUAGAGCUAGCUGAUAACGGCUGCUAAAGUUAACAGUAGCUAGCGGUUAAUGUAGAGUUAGCAACAAGUAGUUCAUCUGUCCAUCAGGAAACUUCAUAAAUCACAUAGACCUGAAGGCCUUUUCAUAGCUAUUUGCGCUGUGCUUUCCAUUGGGUUCAACUAUUUUGAGCUUUGACUGUGGCGUAGGCACGAGCGCAGCGUUUUGCUCGACGCAGCAACAACCCCCCCCCCCCCCCAGGCAUUGGUGCAAGCCAUUGAAAACAAUGGGUUUCAUAGCUCAGCGGCACAGUAGUUGUGGUCUGUCUGAAAGGCCAUAAGGCAGAGCAGUCGGAGGAAAACAUUUAACUUUCCUUCACAAUCGUAAGAGCAGUUUCUGCGAUAUAGACUGAACAACCUCCAGCUGUAGCUCAGCGAUGGAUCCACAGCUUGGUGUUGUGUUGGACGGUGGGGCCGAGAGCAGUUUUUUCUCAUACUUUGGGGUCUUGAGACACACCGGGGACACAUAUUUAGAUGAAAAAGUGGAUUUUGCAUAAUAUGUGACCUUUAAUAUUUCAACUUCACAGUGUCAUUAUCUUUAAAAAGGAAAUUAAAAUGUUAAAAUGGUUAAAAUGUUACACUAAUAUUACGUGUAGCAGAGGCUGACACUUCUUUAGAGAAUCCUGUGGGUCACAGGAUUUCAGUGGGAUGUGAGUCAACUUCAUUAUUCAUCACGGGACUGGGACGGGACUGGAAUCAUAGAUCCGGUUUUAUAUACAUGAAGUUCUAAUAUGAAUCAACGCUAUUUUCUGAUUUGUUUUUAUUGGGAAUGGGGUUGGACAGGAGUCAUUCUUCUGGGAUUGAGGGAAAAUCCUCUCCCGUGUCACCCUCUAAUGUUAGGUCUGCUUAUAAUUUUUGUUCUGUUCUUUUCUGGGAUGCCUCUUUUUUCAAAGCCGAGAGGAAUGAUUAUUGUGAAACAAUUUUGAUAACAUUUACAUAUAGAAGCCUGUUUUACCAGAGGUAAUGAGAUAUCUAAUCAUAAAGCUAUCUUCAGAUAAAGUUACAGUUAAUAUAGUAUAAUGAACUUUUAAAACUAAAUAUAAGUGCUAGUCGUUGGAUCAAGAUCAGAAGUAAAGUUUUAAUGUUGACAAAUAAAACUAAAACCUUUGCGGUAAUCUCACUAACUCUUGGCUUCCCUACAUUUUAGGCCUUUGGAAACACAAAAAUGUGAACAUUUAUGUUCACGAAAGCAUGUGCAGCCUUAUUUCACCAGCUGCAGACAAAUUUUCACCACUGUUAAUGAAAAAUAAUGGUUAAUUUCCCACCAAGUCCAAACGUGUGAAAUCUUCAGAACAGUUCUGGUGACCUUGAGGGUGAACAAAGUGUAAUCUCACACUACUAUUGCAAAAUGGAGAACAGGGUGCCUUCAGAUGGAGGGGGUGGUACAAUAUAAAAUGAUCAUAAGAUAUAAUUCAAAAAGACCACCAUGUAAUAUAAAGACAAUUCAGCAUCUAAACUAGUCAUAUAUUGAUUGAUUGUAUCCAUUCAGAAUAACAAACUAUCAAGCCAUUUACUGCAUUUUAUUCAAAUCUGGCUGAAGGACUGAGCCACUCGUCUCCCUCGUCAUCCAACAAAGACACAAAGGAACAUGAAAACUGGACCUAAUUUCAUCCUGAAGGACUUGCUAACUUCUCACAGGACUGGAGUGCAGAACGUGUUUCGCCGCCAAACAGCACUAAGCAAAAUAUUCUUGAACAAACUAAUUUUUACACAUUAUUUUGCACUUUUGAGUUAAACCCACCAUACAAGUAUUAAAGUGUAUUUUCUCUUUCACUCCAUUUGAUCGAGUUCAACAGAUGCCAGGAUAGGAAGCCCAUGAUAGCUGGUUGAAAGUUCUUUGACUAUUUGAACUGUUUUUCCAGCCAUUUGUACUUUUUGACUAGAAAUAAACCUCUCAGUGCUGGUUGCUUUCCUGUCAAAGUGGCUGGUUUAGUCAGGCUCAAAUAAAUAUUUACCAGCAUUUAACUGGUGGAUGAUGGGAAAUUCCUCUGAUGUUCUGAAUGCAAACAAUAAUGACACAUUUUUAGUCCGCCUGUGAUUACGUGAAUGCGCCGACUGUAGAUAUUAACUGUACAGUGUGUUCUCUUUUCAAUGGGGCCAACAGCAUCGAUCUGUAACUGAGGUUCAGAAUUGCUUGAAUUAACAAAGUGUAUGCUCUAAAAACCAAACGUUCUUCAGGGUUCUUCAGGCUAUUUGAGCAACUUAGGGUUCCUCACUAGAAAAACAAAAACAAUAAAAAUCCCUUAAAUGUUUUUUGUAGAAGCACUUUCUGUUUGAGGUUUGUGGAAACGCCGUCAUAAACUAUAAUCACUUGACGGAAUUCCUCAGGGAACCAUCUUGGGUCCCCUGUUGUUUUCAAUCUGAAGAACCCCUUUGACUUUUUAGAGUGUGCUACUGAUAUUAUUAUUAAUAUUGUUGUGUGACAAGCUUCUACUAACAUAACGUACUCCUUGGGCUGUUUUGUAUUUUUAGCAUUUUUAAUUUUGUUAUGUGCUUACAAGUGUGAGAUGAUUGUUUUGCUUUUCUAAUUUGGGCAUUUUAUGGAAAGACUAAAAACUUUUUCAUUUUUAAUAUGUUUACAACAAAACAAAUUUUCUGUAACUAACAUACAACUAAUAUGUUCUAAUAUUUUUAAUAAGACCCUGAUAAUUAAUUUCACUCACCCCUGCAUGCUGGCGCAAACACACACCUGUGUACACUUCUAAAUCAUCACAAAGCCUCUCGCCAACCUUUUAAUGGAAACAAGCAAGACUUACGCUACCAAGCAACCUUUUAAAACAAUACAAACAAAGAAUACAUGCUGAGCUGCUAGGAAUUCUGGACCGCUGGGUCUACAUCAUGUAUCUACAAUCACCUACAGAAACUUUGCCACUUUGCAGGGGGCCACACAGUAACACCAUGUCUAAUCCAGACUAAAACAAUUAACUAAACACACUUGAAAUAGCAAAACAAAAGUUCUCGAGGAGCACUGGAUCAAACCUACCUCGUAAGGGAUUAUACAUUUCAACGUUUUCCACUGCAUGCCCGAGCUGUUCCUCACUAAAGUUCCCAUUUUAAAGUUCCAUACCCAUGCUUUUGCAUGUUGUAGCCUAUCAACUACAAAUUGUAUGUACUUUACAUUACUGCCAACCAUUUUCCAAAUCAUUCCUAAAUUUCUAGAUUUGUUUGGUUCCAGUGUCAAAAAAAAAUCAAUUUGCAGGGACUUGACACUUGCUGCAGAUAGAUCACUGUCAACAUUUCUUAGAGGUCCAAGCACCAACAGGGUUGAAGCUGUUUUUCUUUUGCUAGGUUUUUAUUAUUAUUGACAGUUCUUGUGAUCCAAGGCUGGAGUGGAUCCUGGCGGUGUUUCACUGCAGGAGGAUGUCUUGACUUAUGAACGCAUAUUCAGCCAUGAUCUCGGCCUCCUGGUAAGUCGUUUUGUCUUCGGUUCCAAGUUUCGUUGGACCCCAAGUAAACCCACUAGGAGGUUUAGUUCAUUGUUAUUAUUUCUCAGUUUUUUCAACAAAAACUCUUAGGACUGUUGUGAAAAAUCCGACUUUGGAGAUUUGACAGUCUUCUGCAGAACAACCACUCUUUUACCACUGGAUGUAAGUCUCUGCAAAAGGAUUUUCAUUAAAAUAAACUAAAAUCAGUGUCUGUUUGAACAGCAGGAAAUCAGUCUAAUAAUGUAUUGCGUGGUUUGCAGAAGUAAUGUACAGUAUAUGCAGUUAAAGAACAUGCAGAACCCUAGGUAUGGUCCUUUAAAUGUUGAAUUUAAAAGUUUAUUUUCCUGCCCGGGUCUGGUCUCCACUAUCGGUUUGCAUGUGGUAUUUAUUACAGUAUCUGCACUGAAUGAAACUGUAUUAUAAACAUGAAUGUACAUAACCAUCGUUAUAUGAAAAAUAACAAUGCGAGUACUCACUUUGCUCCGCAACGGGCAGUUUGUCUUUGGCUGGGUUUACACCAGGAACCGAAGAUCUGAUUCUAAACGGCCAUAGAAAUAGAUCUGAUCUGACUGCUGCAGGCAAAAACAGGGAACCUUUAAAAAAAAAUAAAAAAUCAUCAGAUCUGGUUCAGAUAAGGUAACAAAUGUCCGACUCUUCUGUUCCUGUGUAAAGGCAGUCUGUGUUGUGUGUAUCUAAACAAGGGCGAUGGACCAGGGGUUGUACGAAACAACACAAUGGACCGCUUUAUGGAGAAUUUUUUUUUUCUUGUUUAUAAUGUAGAGCAAAGAGAGACUGCAAUAGUCCUUGUAAAAUUGUACGAGUACAGUGUCAAAUAUGUGUCAACAGAGACGACAUUAUUUUAAAAAUUAUGUAUGGAAAAUUUUAGCUGUGUAUAUAAAUAUAUAUUACUUGUACUUUGUUUUUGAAAUUGCAGAGAUAUGGAAAAAGUGGAAAUAUUUAUUGCUCUAAAGAUAUAAAAAAUCUGUUCAUGUUGAUGGAAA